CCCAGCCGAUGCUCUUUCAAGCAGCUGUUGUUCUUGCCCAGGCAGGGGUGUCACCUCGGAAAAUCCCUUGGCGGCCGAUGUGGAAAUCCCCAUUAUGGAACUUUGAGAGGGGGGUGGACGGGACGGAGGAGAGACUUGCCGUUUCCCUCCUUACCAACAGAAGGAAAAACAGAUAGUCCUGGUCGAACCGACCCAGAAUCUCUUUGCAACUCUUGGCAAGCGCGGUGGCAGAGAGCAAGAGGAGGAGCCGAGUGGUUGAGCCAAGGGAACCAUCAUCCUAAAGCGCUCAAAGGACGGGAUUGGGAUUCAUGGCUCCCCAAAUUGCAUCGCCCAACGCCUGACUCGUUUAUAUUGAGAUUGCGGGGUCUUUCUUCCGAACGAUCCGGGUUUCUUCGUACAGAAUGGCUGGAUCACAGAUCAUUCCUCAAGCUUUAUAUUUGAGCAACAUGCUGAAAGCUGUGAAGAUAAGAGAAUUGAUGUCUGAAGACCUUGUCAAAUACAACAAUGGAAUUAUCCAGCAUUUUAAAACUAUGCAUAGAUACACCAUAGAGAUCUUCAGGAUGUGUCAUUUUUGCCCGCCUUUUCAGAAGCUUCUUCAAAAAUCUCUAAUUGACCAAGCAACCCAAAACUCACUGGAACGCCAAAAGAAGUUAAACUGGUGUCGAGAAGUUAAAAAACUUAUGCCGCUGAAGACUAAUGGAGAUGGAAAUUGUCUCAUGCACGCUGCUUCCCAGUAUAUGUGGGGUGUCCAAGACGUUGACCUGCUUCUGAGAAAAACAUUGUUUAGUGUACUUAAAGAAGCUGAUACAUGCAAUUUUAAACUGCGCUGGCAGAGAGAAACACUUAAAUCACAGGAAUUUGUGGCAACAGGACUUUGCUAUGAUACCAGGAACUGGGAUGAUGAAUGGGACAAUCUUAUUAAAAUGGCAUCUGCAGAAACAUCAGUUGCCCACACAGGCCUUCAGUAUACCUGUCUGGAAGAAAUCCAUAUAUUUGUCCUUGCUAACAUCUUAAGGCGCCCCAUCAUAGUUGUUGCAGAUAAAAUGCUCAGAAGUUUGCAGUCAGGUUCCAGCUUUUCCCCUCUGAACGUUGGUGGAAUUUAUCUGCCUCUCCAUUGGUCAGCAGACGACUGUUAUCGAUAUCCUAUCAUUCUUGCUUACGACAGUAUGCACUUCACUCCUUUGGUCAUUCUGAAGGAUAGUGGGCCAGAAAUCAAGGCAGUUCCUUUAGUCAGUUGUGAAAGAGGAAGAUUUGAAGACUUGAAAGUGCAUUUUUUAACUGACGCUGAAGAAAGAGAGAAAGAAAAACUGAUAAGAGACUAUCUCAUGGUGAUAGAAAUUCCUGUUCAAGGAUGGGACCCAGGGACAACGCAUCUCAUUAAUGCUGCAAAGUUGGAUGAAGGUAACUUGCCCAAAGAGAUUAAUCUGGUGGAAGAUUACUUUCAGCUGGUGCAACAUGAGUACAAGAGGUGGAAAGAAAACAGUGAAUUUAUUGGGAAGGAAACGAGUGCAAGGAACGGGCUGGAGUUGCAGUUAUCCCAGCUAUCGCUUAUGGAGGCAAAAUGUGAAACUCCCAACUGCCCUUUCUACAUGUCUGUGAAUACACAGCCAUUCUGCCACGAGUGCUCCGAACAGAGACAAAAGGCAAAUUUGGUAAAGAGGCAGCACUUCUGGUCAGGUUCAGAGAAGCCCCGGGUAAAUAGGUCCAGUUACCCAAAGGAUGAACGCCACCAUCUUCCGGCUUGGACUUCUGAAAAUUCCAGCACAGAACCUCGUUCGGCGCCUCCCACGGCUCCAAGUCUUUUUCUAUACAGUGAAACAACUGCUAUGAAAUGCAGGACCCCAGGCUGCCCUUUUACACUGAAUGUGCAAUAUAACGGGCUUUGUGAACGUUGCUACAACUGUAUAGAGGUCAACCCUUGCAAUAUUCCAAGCGACCCACAGCAUUCAAAUUGUGUGACUUGCACAUCCUGCCUUAAGGACACCAACAGAACCUUCAAUGGGAUGUGUAGCACUUGCUUCAAACGGACUAGAGACCAGUCCUCAAACGCCGGCUCCGGCACUAUGCCUUCAACCCAUCAGAGGUCCAGUUCUGAUCCUAUUCCUAUACCACAAAGCUUUUUGCAGCAUUCCUGUCAUACGGCAACCAACAGCAAUAAGGCGGAAGCGCCGCCAUAUGUUCAGCCCCAAAGAACAGAGCCAAGGACGAGAAACAGUAAAUGCAGGAAGCCUGGCUGUAAUUUUUUUGGGACUCUCCAGAAUGAAGGCUUUUGUACCCUGUGUUAUUUUGAGUAUCAAGAAAAUAGAGAGGCUCCCCUGCUUCAUCAGCGAAGAUCUCCUGUGACUUCUCCUGUUUUGGAGUAUCCUGGAAUCUCAGCUGCUGUCUAUCAGAAUACCGUUUCCUGCCCGGGCCGAGAAUGUGGCACAAUAGGGAGCACCAUGCUUGAGGGAUAUUGCCAGAAAUGUUUUAUUGAAGCACAGAGCAAGCGGCUCCAUGAAGCCAGAAGAACUGAAGACAAAACAGUGAGACAAUCAGAGCAAACGGGACAACAUCAAGAUUUACACCAGAAAACUACACGCUCUCAAAAACGCAAAUGUUCCAAAGUUUCGUGUAGAAAUAAUUUAGCUUCCCGGAGUGCAGAAGUGUGUCAAGAGUGCUUGCGUGUCAGCCAGCGGAGACAGUCCGGAACACCUCAGGUUGACCCUCCAGCCGAUGAACUUCCCAAACAGCGUUGCCGAGCCCCUGCCUGUGAUCACUAUGGUAAUAACAAGUGCAAUGGCUAUUGCAACGAGUGCUAUCAGUUCAAACAAAUAUAUGGAUAGCAAAUGCCUUUUUUUUCUUUUUGCCUUGCAAAAGAAAAAAAGAAAAAGGAAUGGUGCUAAGUUCAAAACACUUAAUUGUCUUGCUAGCCACCUGAUCUUCUUCAGUGAAAAGGUGAAAAAGGUGACUUUGGAGGGAAAACAAUAAGCUGAUUUCUUUUGUGCAUAUGUAGAUACACACAUGUAUUAUAUGUAUGUAUAUGUAAAUGCAAAACUAUGCAGGUCCAGAACGUUUAAUCCUGGAAUAGUAAAGGAGGUUGCUUCCAGCACGGAUGGUGAAUGGCAAGACAUUUUAUACUUGACUACAAACCCCUUUUCUCCAAAAUAUUUUGGAUUAUGUUUGGUAUUGAAUAUGUAGUUGUAUGAGAAAAAUAGGUAAUGCUGCUCUUUGCAUGCUUUUCUGCUAAUAUGUCUCUUGCAUUCUGUCUGCAUUGUGAGCAUUCUGUGUAUAAUGAAACCAGCCAAAAAUUUGAAAUGAACAGUUUCUACAACAGUCAUCAAAAUUGUGUGUGUGAUUGCUCUGAAAAUGCUGAUACGGUAGAGCUAAGAUUGAACAAAAUAUUAGGAAGUUGUGGGAGAACUUUUUACCAUUUUUGCUUGCUUGUCCUUUUUUAAAGUUGUUGGCUGCUGCUACAUUUCUUUUGUGUAGGUUUUUUUUUCUUUUUGGCAGUGUUUCCAAAUGAAAGUUUUAUGCGCGUAGAGCAGCUAUAAACCCAUAAAAUUUGGCCUUGGAACGCUGACUGAUGUUUUUCCAUUGACUAUUCUGUGUGGUUUGAAUGAGGGUGUAGUUGCUAAACCUCUUGUAAUUUAGAAUGUGAAAGAGCAUAGGUAUUUUUAAGUAUAACAUUUGAGAAGGGAAAGUGGGGGAGGGAGAUCAUGAGAAAAAUAAAGGUUCCUAAAUAUUCAUGCAUAUUUAUUGACAUGGAAGCAUACUGACAGAUUAGAAAGAACCAACUUUAUGUUUAUUGAGAAAAAAAACCAACAGUCUUUUUUUACCACACAGUCUUCCUGUAUUCUAGAUGAUAUAGCAAAUCUGCUUUCUCUUCAUGUCUGGCCCAGGGGUGUGUUCUACUUACCUUUACUACCGGUUCGCAUCAUGCCCAUGUGUGCACAUUCGCUUUGCUCGCGCCCGCAUGCGCUCUUCUGCGUUUACGCAGAUCUGCUUUGAUGAUAUCCGGGUCAGUGGGCGGAGCCUCCCGCCAGUUUUAAUACCGGUUCUUGCGAACCGGGGGCAACCCACCACUGGUCUAGCCUCUACUAGUUAAUCAAGUUUACUGAACUGUUACAAUCUUUUUGGAAUUUACUAAGAAAUAAGGAGGAUCUUCUGUGGGUCUCUGUGUCCUUACAGUUAAGUCUUAACUUCUGAAUUAUGAAGUUCCCAAAGUAGACAGGAUUGUUUUUUGUUUUUGUUUUCCCACACUCACACAUCUCUACAGUCUUCAGUUGUAUCUGACUGUUGAUAUAUCUAAUAGUGAGGGGCGCAGGGGAGGGAGGCUCUGUGUUGUUUGUAAGGUGGCCACUCCUGUGAAAUCCUACUUAUUUCCACAGUGUAAAUUAGCAAUCUCGGGGCAUUAUCUGCCAUAACUGCAUAUUGUUCUGAGUAAUCACCCAAAAAUCUUCCAUUUUUCCCAAGACCUUCAUGCCUCUCUUAUUUUCUUUCUCUGAAAAUUAUGGGGGGCGGGAGGGAGGGAGGAAAGCAUGUACGCCAACUGCUUGCAUUUUGCAUGUGUAUGUAAUCUCCAUUAUGAGAAACACGGCUAGUGUCACAGUCCUUCGCUGUUCAAAUUUCUGUGUGUGAUUUUGUGAGCUUUGUAAAAUGUGAAGGCGUAUUUAAAUAUUUAUGUUAUUUCAAAAAAUGUAAUGGUGGAAAUUUGCACAUUGCCAAUAUAAUAAUUUGCUCUUUAUUUUAUUGUCCUUUUUUUAAAAAAAAAAUCCUUCUUGUCAAUACAGAAUGGGAAGACAAUGAAGGGAAAUCCAGCAGCCAAAAUAAAUUAUUUAAAGAUUUG